AUGAGAGCAGCACAAAUCAUUCAGAAACCUGCACGGAUGGCAGGUAAGAGAGGCAGCUGGCGGCGGGGACAGGGAAGUGUACCCUUGGGCACAGCGACAGGUGACCCACGCACCCCCAAACCACAGAGCCCACCCGGGCUGAAGGCCAAAAGGGAGAAGACCCAGACGCAUCGCCCACACGCAAGGAGGCUUUAUCGCCGCAAGCGGCCAAAGCCCAUCAGGCCCUCCAUUGCCCCCGUCAGGGGAAGAAACUCAGGCUCCAGUAGUUGCAGAGUUAGUGGCACCGAGAUGCAGGCCUAUAUAACAGCCUGGGGCUGGAAGGAUAUCUUCACACUGCCCACCGCUGCUGCAGCCUUCAACACCACACCAACCAAUGCUCACUGUUUCACAAGGGACGGCAUCGGCUAAUGGAGACUCUCUACACAAAGUCUCUGGACAGGUCAGCACCAGGCCCAUAAUCCCUCAGUUUAAGCCUGUUAAACUAGGUGUCCAGGACUGACAACCAUGGAGAGCAGAAAGCAUAAACACACACAACUCCGAACCACAGUGCUCUACAAGCAAACAGUAAUGCUUAACGACGUGCAAAUGUUAUCUUUUCUUUUAUGUCUACUGCUAUGAUCUCUCAUCACGCUACCUACACAAUUGUUUAGCCCGGCAUGUUAGUAGUUAAUAGUUUUAUGCUUCACAUAACCCUGCCGACAAACCAUGCCACAAUAUGCGGCAAAACAAGCCAAGAUAAAAACCUGACUUGUAAGCAUAUAGCAGCUAUUUGAGCGACUAUUGAAAUGAUUUAGCUGGUAUGUUACCUGCCAUAAAGUGCUAGCUGCAUUAAUACGACUAAUUUAGCAUUGUUAAGCUCUAAUUGUCAAUUGUCACUACUAUUAUUUGUCUCCUCUACUUUAACUUAGAUACUAUAACUGUUUAGUUAUAAAAAUAUAGAAAAAUGUGCAUAUUCUCAGGCCACUGUCUAACAUGUAUUGAUCUUGUUAUACGCUGUUGUGGCGUUCGUUGACACCAUGUACUCACCUGCACAAUAAAAAUAAAGAAUAAAAAAAAAAAAAAUAGAAGUGUGAGUGUAUCAUUAGACGUGCUUGCACUACUCAGCUCCAUGCAGAGAGCGCUGAAUCGAUGUUUUAUGCAUGGUUUCCCGUGGUGGGCCAACCUCCUUGAUUGGCAGGCAGCCUGACUAUUCCCAGGUUGACUUGCCAAUUUUUUGGGCAAACAAGCCUACUAAGGGCAGUGCCAGUAAAAUCUUUCACAGUUUUACCCUGUCCACCGACGUCCCACUUACCAGGACUACAACAAUAGGGUGUAUGGAUACAUGCACUCAGACAUAUAUAGUUGGUUUCCAAUUUGGGGUCCAUAUGCAUUAUUUACACAGACCCCACAGGAACACCAGGAAGCAGGGACAUAACCCCGAGGCCAAAAAUAAAAAGGGUUAAAAAAAUGCAUUUAAAAACCCCCACCAAAACAAACUAAUAUUGGGUAUAGAUGGGACUGGAACAAAUACAGCUUCCUCACACAGGUAUCCACACAGGUGCCUACCAACACAAAAAUACAAAGUUACAGCUAUCCACUGUUGCCAUUUUUAUUAUUUUGGGUAGGAUAAACGAGUAUUUAAGAAUUCAUUUAUAUAAAAUGGAGGAAAAAAUCACACAGGUACUUCUUGCUUCUGUGUCUUAAUUUUAACUAACACUGCUUCUGCUUCCCGUCUCAGGAGGAAAAAGAGGAGUAACAACAAACUUUAUUUACACGCCUUUUAACCAUACAAUGUAUAACCCCUUAGCGACCCAGGACGGUUCAGGACCGUCAUCGGCAUUUUUGCCUUGAGGACCGAUGACGGUCCUGAACCGUCCUAACGGUUUCCGUUACUUACCUGAUCGCCGUCGUUCCCCCGGCGGCGAUCAGCGUUGCUCCGGUUGUGGGGAGACUGCCUGCAGCCCAGACAGUCUCCCCACACUGAAUUAGGACCCCUGUGGCCAUGUGAUCGCUUAACACAGCGAUCACAUGGUCACAAUAGGUGUCCAUGUGUCUGCCUGCAGGGGGACUGCCUGUGCUGACAGGCAGUCUCCCUGCUAGUGUAAAAUCAGAAAAUAAAAUAAAGUUAAUGUUAAUUAAAAAAAUAAUAAUAAUUAUAUAUGUGUAUAUAUGAUAUAUAGACAUAUAUUAUAUCUAUAUAAUAUACGUCUAUAUAUCAUAUAUAUAUAUGCCAUACUAAGUGUAUUUUUAUAUUAAUAUGUACUUAUAUUAAUAUAAAAAUACACUUAUAAUUAAAUUACACACGUAUAUAUAUAAUAUAUAUAAUAACUAUAUAUAUUGUAUAUAUAUAUUAUUAUAAAAUAUAAAUAAUAAGUAAUUUAAAUUAAAUAAAAAAUUUUUAAAAUAAUAAUAAAAAAAUAAAAAAAAUUAUAUAUCUAUAUGAAAUUUUAUUCUAACUGUAUUUCAAAAUUAAUAUAUAUAUAUUUAUAUCAAAAUACACUUAGAAUGAAUUUGUAUAUAUAUCUAUGUAUAUAAAAAUAAAUAAAAAUAAUAAGAAAUAUACAUAUGUCCAUAUACAAAAUUACAUAAAUAAUUAUAUAAAUAUACACGUAGACUUCAGAUAUAUAAAUAUGCAUAUAUAUUUAAAUUCUAUGUGCGUAUUUAUGUAAUAGUUUUACAUAAUUCAGUAAUUUUAUUGAUUGCAAUUUAAGGGACCUGCCUGCCAACCCAGGCCGAAAUUCCAGAGAAUUGAAUUUGCUAGCACUGUAUUUUACCCUGUAACGUUCUACGACACCCUAAAACCUGUACAUGGGGGGUACUGUUUUACUCGGGAGACUUCGCUGAACACAAAUAUUAGUGAUUCAAAACAGUAAAACAUAUCACAGCGAUGAUAUUGUCAGUGAAAGUGACUUUUUUUGCAUUUUUCACACACAAACAGCACUUUUACUGAUGAUAUAAUUGUUGUGAUACGUUUUACUGUUUUUAAACACUAAUAUUUGUGUUCAGCGAUGUCUCCCGAGUAAAACAGUACCCCCCAUGUACAGGUUUUAUAGCAUUUUUGAAAGUUACAAGGUCAAAUAUAUGGGUCAAAUAUUUUACAUUGAAAAUGGCCAGGUUGGUUACGUUGCCUUUGAGAGCGUAUGGUAGCCCAGGAAUGAGAAUUACCCCCAUGAUGGCAUACCAUUUGCAAAAGAAGACAACCCAAGGUAUUGCAAAUGGGGUAUGUCCAGUCUUUUUUAGUAACCACUUGGUCACAAACACUGGCUAAAAUUAGCGUUCAAUUUAGUUUUUUUACUUUUUUCACACACAAACAAAUAUGAAUGCUUACUUUGGCCAGUGUUUUCGACUAAGUGGCUACUAAAAAAGACUGGACAUACCCCAUAUUGAAUACCCUGGGUUGUCUACUUUAAAAAAAAUAUGUACAUGUGGAGUGUUAUUCAGAGAUUUAUGACAGAUAAUAGUGUUACAAUGUCACUAUUGAUAAAUUUUAAAAAUUUAUGUUUUGAAACCGCAAUAUUCUACUUGUACCUAUAGCCCUAUAACAUGCAAAAAAAAGCAAAAAAGCAUGUAAACACGGGGUAUUUUUAAACUCAGAACAAAAUUUUGAAUCUAUUUAGCAGUUUUUUUAAUUCGCUUUUGUAGAUGAGUAAAAGAUUUUUCAAGUAAAAGUCAAAAAACAUGUAUUUUUUUCAAUUUUUCAUCAUAUUUUUUUAUUUUUUUUAAAUUAAAAUACAUGAGAUUAUAUAAAUAAUGGUAUGUAAAGAAAGCCCCUUUUGUCCUGAAAAAAACAAUAUAUAAUUUGUAUGGGAACAGUAAAUGAGAGAGCGGAAAAUUCCAGCCAAACACAAACACCACAAAAGUGUAAAAAUAUGCCUGCUCGCAAAUGUACAACAUCGCAAAAACAGUCCAGUCCUUAAGGGGAUAACAUAAGUUACAGCACUAUGAGAGCACUUUUAGUUUAUACAUCUCAACACCCCAACUUGCUCUCAAGUCUGUUAUUUUUUGUUGCAUAUUCAUAUAUUACAUGACUUGUAUUACAAACAUAUAACUCAAACUUUUCUAACUUGACUUUGUUGCAGGCUUAGUCAUAAUAUCUGCUACCAUCUUGUCAGUUGGUCAAUAGUCAAGAACUAUGUGACCUUCACUGAUAACUGAUCUAAUGAAGUGGUACUUAUUUAUUCAUAAUAUAUUUAUAUCCCCUCUUCUUACCCCCCUUUCUUACUCCCCCCUCUUCUUACCCCCCACUUCUUACUCCCCCUCCCUCUUCUUACUCCCCCUCUUCUUACUCCCCCUCACUCUCUCUUUUAUCCCCCACUCUCUUUUUAUCCCUCUCUUUUUACCCUCCCUUGUAGCUUGGCCAAGCUGCUCUGCUGUCCGCGGUGCCCGGCCGGAGUGAUAGGAAGGUGCACGCUCAGUGUGCACCUUCCUGUCAGGCCGACCGGGUACAGGAAACAGAAACUCCUGUUCCGCGCGGGCUCUUUGCAGCACUACUAGUUGGGGUCUCCGCAGACAUUUACUUCCAGAUGUUUCCACAGAGUUAAACAUACAUAGUCACAGAGAAGCACACACAUUUCAAGGUACACACAUCUUUACAUAUUUACACAGACAAAUACAUAUAGAUAUUAAUCGCAAUAGUUCCAAUUUCAGGAGGACAAUUCAGUGUCCUCUCCUGCAAUCCGGACUUUUUCCCUAGUGUUCCACUUUUAGGGACACCAGGGAACUGUACACAAAAAUAGAAGUGUGAGUGUAUCAUUAAACGUGCUUGCACUACUCAGGUCCAUGCAGAGAGCGCUGAAUCGAUGUUUUAUGCAUGGUUUCCCGUGGUGGUCCAACCUCCUUGAUUGGCAGGCAGCCAAUGUGUUAUUUUUUGAACUAUGUGACCUUCACUGAUACUGAUCUAAUGAAGUGGUACUUAUUUAUUCAUAAUAUAUUUAUAUCAAUUUAUAUAUAUUUAUAUUAAUAUGUUUGUAUCUCUGAAGGCACACAGGAUUCUCUGACAUAGCUAUUGAACCUUGAUUGUCGCCAGAGAUUUGUAUUGGUUCAUAGUGGCACCUUUUGUCCAUUCCUUUGAGUAACUGCACAAGGUACUGACUUUCCUGUGUAGUUGCAGCCAAUGCCAUGUAUUCCGUUUCACACGUAGAUAAAGCUACUGUGGUCUGUUUCUUCGACUUCCAUGCAUUCAGUGGAACAUUCUUGGUUAGACUAAAGCAGUAUCCUUUCGUACUCCUUCUACAGUUCACAUCAGAGGCCCAAUCAGUAUCACUAUACGCCUCGAGUUUCAAGUUUUUACUGCACUUUCUGUAGCACAACUCAUAGUCAAUAGUAUGUUAUAAGUAUCUAAUCACAUGCUUAGCUGUGGUUAAAUGUUUUUCUGUUGGCUCUGACAAGUAUUGUGACAGUUUACUGAUCACCCAGCUUAAAUCUGGUCUUGUACAAGUCAUUGCAUACAACUACCUACUACUUUUCAAUAUCUUUUUGUAUCUACAGGAUCAUUAUGAUCACCAUGGUCCAGUUUUUGUGCACAUGCUGUAGAUCUGGGUUUACAAUCUGUCAUUCCAAACUUCUCCAGAACCCUUAUGAGAUAUGUAUCUCUUUUGAUUCAUCUUUACCAAACCAUCUCUUUGUUCAAAAUGAAUACCUAGGAAGUGUUUGAUCCUCCCAAGAUCUUUCAUCUUAAAUUUUGCUGCAAGCAUUUUCUUCACGUCAUUGAGUACUGUUUCUUCUCUGGAACUGAUGAUGAGAUCAUCAACCCAUAUUAAGAGUAUUACUCUCUCAUGUCCACAUUGUUUGACAUAUACACAGUGGUCGGUUGGAUUUUGUUCAAACCCAUUCUCUCUUAAAUGAUCAUGCAGCAUCUUGUUCCAAUUCCUACCUGAUUGUUUGAGACCAUACAAAGACUUGUUCAAUUUUAAAACUAGUUUCUCAUUUUGCUUGGACUUUACCUCAAAUCCUUCUGGUUGUUCCGCAUAAACCUCACAGUAUAUUGGGGCAUGUAAAUAGGCUGUUUUUACAUCCAUCUGGUGAUGAAGUAAACCAUAAUGUGCUGCCAUUUGUAUAAAAAUACAUACUGAUGUAAUGUUUGCAGUUGGAGAAAAAACUUCGUUGUAAUCAAUUCCCUUUACUUGACUAUAACCUAAGCUAAUUAUGUGACUGAGGUGAACUUAUAGCAUCUUUAAAGGUUUGUGGUACAUCAAACACCUUGUAACAGUAAUGUUUGUUAGUAACUGAUCAUCGCAUUCAAAAUCUGAAACAUAGUCCUCCAAGUACUGAGGAGUUUUUCUGUCUCUUUUAGGGUAAUGUGUACUAUGGUCAUUACCUGCCUGACCAUUGUUCUCAUUUCCUAAAGUUUCUAUUUCAGAAAUUUGGAUAAUAUCUGGACACUCAAUUCCAGUCUUAUUUGUUUUUGGUAUAAGGGGAGCACAGCAAUCCUCAUCAUCAUCUAACAAAUCAGUUUGAGUCUGUCUUUCAAAACCUCCUUUUGUGAUAAACUUCACAAGCCUGUGUUCCCUGUUCUAGGUAAGAGGUAGACAUGUGCAAUUCAUUUCGGGCCGAAUAUGAAUUUGGACGAAUUUCGGGCAAUUCGGACAUUCGGAUACUUCUGAAUGUCCGAAUAGCAGAUUGUUUCUGCGGGAGCGAUCCUCCACAUCAGCCAGUUUUAUCUUCUGUGACUCAAUCACCUCCUUCAUGGCUUAGAUUCUAUCUGCCAGUUCAUUAUGUACGUUUGCAAAUUCAGCCAUUUUUAAUAGAAUUGGACUGUGUAUGUGAUAUAAUACAUUAGCCUUAUUCUCAUUAAUUUCUACCUGGAUAUCUCCUGAAGAAUUUAAUUGAUAGAAUUAAUUAGAAUCUGUAACAAGAGACACUUUGUAGCUCUUUGUGGCCCUCAGGGAAACCUAUGGCUCUGGUGAAUUGCUCCUUUCAAGAAAUGUUUUAAUUACUAAAUUCUUUUGUUGUUUUAGAUUGAAUCACUGUUAGGCAGAUUAUCUUCUGCAAUUAACCCUAUCUAUCUUUGUGGAGUAUUCUAUACUUUUGUGCUUUUGCCUCUUGCCACCCUUAUCUAGCCAUAAGUUUGUAUAGCUUUUUUUAUAAUGGUGUAACUUUUGUGAGUCCCUUAUAUUUUAAAUUUUUAUGUAAAAUUAUUUGGUAUUUUUAAUAAAAUUUUAGGGACUUAUCUUAUGCUUUGUAUGCUCUUUUCAGCAUAUUACACAUUAAAACCUUUAUGAACAAAACCUCUGAUAUACUGGCAGGGCCGUUGCAAGGAUUUCUGCCACCCUAGGCAAAAGUAACGUUUGCCGCCCCCCCAUGUGACAUCACAAUGCCCCUGCCAUGUUAACUAAUGCCAGUGCUGCAGUGCCGCCGUGUUUACAUUAAAAGGCCUGCAGGGACAGGCUAUAGACACCAGAACCACUACAUUAAGCUGCAGUGGUUCUGGGGGCUAUAGUGUUUCUUUAAUGUGAGGUAAAUUAGAGAUUAGUGCCACGAAUAAUAUACUAGAUUGCCUACUUACAACCAGAUGAGGAUGAUGAUGGGCUCUAGCUGCAGUCUGGCUCCACUGGUCUGGUGUAGAACAGGCUCUCUGGAGGCGGUUUGUAACUGUGGUCACAAAAAUCAAUGUUCUGGGAGAACGGGAAGCAGCUCCAUUUUUUGAAGGCCUUUUACACAGCUCAAGGUCUGGGUCCCAGGGUCCACCUUCAUGUUCCACCAAUGAGUUUGUUCACAGGGGGUGGAGUGUGUAGGGGAUGUCUUGAUAUGUGUGUAAGGAAUGCAUUGUGUGAAUCUGUGUUUGUAUGUGUAAGGGCUGCAAGGUGUGUUUCUGUCUAUGUACGGAAUGCAGUGUGUGCGUCUGUAAGGGAUGCAUUGAGUGUGUGUAAGGGGUGCAUUGCUUGUGUAUGUGUGUCUGUGUGUGUAAUGCAUUGUGUGUUUUUCUGUGUGCAAGGGGUGCAUUGUGUGUGAUUGUGUGUGUGUGAUGGAUGUCAAUCUCUCCCCCCUCCCUUGUCACUCUCUUCUCCCCCCCUCCCUUGUCACUCUCUUCUCCCCCCCUCCCUUGUCACUCUCUUCUCCCCCCCUCCCUUGUCCCUCUCUUCUCCCCCCUCCCUUGUCACUCUCUUCUCCCCUCUCCCUCCCCACUCUCAUUUCCCCUCCCUCCCCCAUCAAUUUCUUUCUCCCCCUCCCUGUUACUUUCUUUCUAACCCCCUCCCUGUCAAUUUAUUUCUCCCCUGUCAAUUCUAUUUCCUAUUUCCCUCCUGUCAAUUUCUUUCUCCCUCCCCUGUCAAUUUCUUUCUCCCCUGUCACUCUUUCCUCCCCAUUUUCUUUCUCCCCCCUGUCAAUUUCUUUCUCCUGUCCAAUUUCUUUUCCCCCUGUCAAUUUAUUCCCCACAUCUGUUGUGGCGUGGCGAGGCUCUAUAUGGUACGGGUACAGGGAGCUUUGUUUCCUGUACCCGGCCGGACUAACAGGAAGUGCACACUAACUUCCUGUUAGUCCGGCCGGGUACAGGAGACAGAUGCUCCCUGUACCCGCAGACCAUACAGAGGUCGGCCAUGCUACAGUGAGGGAGUGAUAGGAGGGAGCGCUGAGCGCUUCCCUCCUGUCAGCCCCUCUCCUCAUGCUGCGCCCGGGCGGUGCGCCCUCAUGGACGCACCAACCCGGGCAAAGCUGCAGCCGCCUGAGGCUCUCUACAGAGCGCUCGGGCGGCUGUAGCAAGAAGGGGGCCGGCGCUCCUGGAGGUGCCCCUUCCCAAGGGGCGCCCUAGGCGGCUGCCUAGUCCGCCUAACAGCUAGUGCCGGCCCUGUAUACUGGCAAAGUCCUAGUUUCAGCUUCAGGGUUUUCUAAGUCAAUAGAUGAUGGGUUUUUUUUUAAAUUCUUUAUUUUUGUAUCUCUUCCAUGAAUAGUAUUUAACAUUCUGGAUAAUCACUUAGAGCGUCAUUGUGUAAAAAAAAAAAAAACACACAAUAGAAAAUCAGAAAACCUGUUCAACUAUUUUAUUCCAGAACAGUAGCUGGAGGUAGUCCUUUACUUAUCAACUAAACAGAAAAAGUGAGUUAAAUGUCUUUAUAUAGAGGAUGCUUUCAUAAUCUGUAAUUUCAGGACAGUCCAAAGUAAUAAUGUCCAACCCAAGCAAGCUGUCAUUCUUAGUGAUUGGAAUAAUCACUAUUGUUGCUAAUAUUACCGUUCCCUAAUGUCAUAACUAUCCUAUAUAAAAUUUAGAACAGCAUUUUGGGGGGCGGAGUCUGACCGUCAAGCUGCACAGACGUGUGGGGAAAGAGCUCCUGUGGGGCCAGCCGAAAAUAAGGCGAUAUCAGUGGCUAUACAGCCCAACGACCCACCAGAGUGCAAUGCCCACAUCGGGGUUGUACCAAGGAAUUGGGGGGGGUACUCUUUUUGAGUCUGUUGGGACACAUAGACAGAAACGCAACCUGAGGCCUGCGGGAGCUGGAGUCGGGGAGAGGCGGCCGCUGUCUUCGACACCGGAUACCCCAGAAAUUGCUACUAACCUUCUACCCCCUCUGGACCGGUGGGGGUCAUCCCGGUCCCAACUGGACAAGCGGGUUAACACUGACAGUGAGUGAUCGAGCCUAGGAAACCUGCAGAGGCAAAAGCCAGCCGGAGCAUGUCCAAAAUGGCUGCCCACCAAAAGCUGAAGAAAGGGGACACGAGCAACAUCUUACACCCUCACCCCCUAGAAGCCCUCAACCGGCUCUGCUUGGCCUUCUACGAGAUGCUGUGCGACAGGGGCAUGCCCUACAGCUCGGGCAGUGGCUUAGUGGAUCCGCCCACCGACGCCAUUACGGAGCCCCACUGUAUGCCUUCAGGGCAGCCGACCGGCAACGUAAGCACAGACCUCACCGACCUGGACACACACACCCGCUUCCACACACGUGGCACAGAGAAAGCCAGGCAACCCCAAAGCCCCAGCAACAUACCCGAACACGGCACAGCAGACCAGCAAGCCGCGCAGAAACACACAUCCACGCUGAGGGCCCCAGCAGGGAAGAUGCCGAAGCAACUCACCACGCUAUCAGCGGCAAGGAGGCGAGAACCAACAUGGAGCAAGCCCAAGUCUGACAAGCCAUGA